AAAUAGCGACGGAAUAUAAACUUUUUAUGACGAAAAGCAUCAUUAUAAUGAAAUUUACAAUACAAUGAAGCUGGAAACGAAAUGAUCGAAAAUGGAGCAGAAACCCAAAUUGAAACAAAUGGGUUUUAUGCUCGUCUAAGUCGUAACCGGAAAAUAUACGAAAACGAAAAUAUUUCUAUUAUAUGCGGAGUGUAUCAUUUACACUUGAUGAAGUAAUGCAAAGUUAUGCUGAUGAUUAAUGCGACAUAUUUGGCAAAUAUAUCUCUCUCUAGCUAAAACAGAUGUCUCUUUACGAUGCAGUUAUCUGCCAGGAACAAAUUGAAACAGUAAUAAGACAAAAGCGGUUGGGAGUGUUGAGUCCCAGUAUCACAGAACUUCAUCACCAGCGUUUAUCAUUCCUCUCUCCAUCGCCUUUGCUUUCAAACAAUACGGAUGGAGCACAUUGGUCAUCGUCGGUUUUAAAUUAAUCAUGUGAUACUUACAAUCAACUUGACGAUGGCACGACCGUUGGAGGAAAGAAAAUGACUACGUAUACGCAUGACAUCGCGGUGACCUGAGUUCGGUCCUGCGCUCGGGUCGUUCUUCCGCUAUCCUAUCAACCGACAGUCGCAGGAUAACGCCGGUUCGAUCAACAAGUAAUACGGUAGCACGAAAACUGAAAUUGGCGUGUGCGACGACGUCGCGAUGUCGCUUUCAGUUCGGCUGAAACAAUUUCAGCUCCCGAAAUGCAAAGGAGAGAAAAUCGCUAAAAUUGACUUUAGGGGUGUGUCACACACGUUACAUUUAGAAGACGGAAGCGGAGAUUUUAUAAUCGUAGACCAGAGAUUCGAUUGGCCUCUUGGGAGGCAAGUGGCCGACACGGAAAUCCUGAUGAUAGAACUUUACGUUCGCAACAGACUAUUUUCAGACAAACUGCUCGGAACAUACGGUUUAAUUCUACAAAGUGCCGUUAGAGAUGGAAGGCUGUCCGUUAGCGAUAACUUAGUGGACGUUAACAACAAACCUUUGCCGGUUCGUGUUGAUUUCGACGUAUUAUACUCUCACCCGGACGAAUCGAUGUUAUCCUUCGCCGGCAGCCAAGCGUAUGAUGUCCUAGAUGACGAUCAACAGAUGCUCAUCGAUAUCGAACAGAAUAUAGCGAAUUUAGAACGGACUUUAGUAUCAACAGGUAAACACCCUGUUGAAGAGGAGUCACAAACAUCCGCCGUGGUUAAAACUUUAAAGAGAAGCAUUGUUGGAAGCGCUGAAAGAUCUGAAAGAAAGAGAACAUCCGCACUUCGAAGCGUUCGAAACUUAAUAAGAUUGGGAAAACAACGCCCAAGCGCGAGAGAAUCGGAUACGGAUGGCGAAGGAGUUUCAUUAAUUCAAGAUUCUGCCGGAAGAACAUCAGCUCAUCAAUCCGAAUCCGAAUCUGCCACGAUGUCUCGCGCUGGUAGCGAAACAUCGAUAAAUUCAACAAAUGAGGACCAAAUGGUGUCGUUAACCACCGAAAAAGGAAAAAAAACUCCAAGAAUAAAAACGGACCUUAAAUCAAGAGUUCAAUCUGCACUUAAAGCCCAGGAUUUUCAAGUUUGUAUCACCAUUAUCGAAGCUCGACAAUUAGCCGGGUUAAAUAUGGACCCGGUGGUUUGUAUUCAAAUAGGGGACCAAAGAAAGUACACAAGCGUUAAAGAAAGCACCAAUUGUCCUUAUUACAACGAGUAUUUCGUUUUCGACUUCCACAUGCCACCAAUUAUGCUGUUCGAUAAAAUUAUAACCUUAUCGGUGUUGCAGUCUCGGAGCAUACUCAGGGGUAACAAAUUAUUGGGGAGCUUUAAGUUAGAUGUUGCUACGGUCUGGUCACAACCAGAUCAUCAAUUUUAUCAUAAAUGGGCUUUAUUAACGGAUCCUGACGACAUCGCGGGUGGUCCAAAAGGAUAUUUAAAGUGCGAUAUUAGCGUAAUUGGUAAAGGAGACAGCGUUAAAGUGCCCCCGAAAAGCGAAAAAGACGACGAUGACAUCGAAGC